AUGGUCUACAAACGAUUGGUACAAGUUGGCCGCGUUGUCUUCAUCGCCAAGGGAGCUAACGCUGGCAAGAUUGCUGUAAUCGUCAAUAUCAUUGAUGGAAACAGAGUUCUUUUGGACGGACCUUCAUCUGGUGUCCUCAGAGGUGUUCGUAACCUCAAGGAUCUUCAACUCACCAAGUUCGUAACUAAGAUCAGAGUUGGACAAAGAACCAAGAAGGUUGCUGCUGCUUUUGAUGAAGCUAAGAUCAAUGAAGAGUUCGAGAAGACCACCUGGUUCAAGACUAGAGCUGCUAAGGCUAUCCGUGAAACUAUGACCGACUUCGAUCGCUUCAAGCUUAUGCGCGCUAAGCAACAUAGAAAUCGUUUGAUCAGAAUUGAGGUUGCCAAGCUCAAGAAGGCCGCAGCAAAGUAA